AUGCCACCAAAGCCCACCCCGGAGCAGCUCGCCGCCGCUGGCUUCGGCGGAAACAAAGGACGUCGCCAGCAGCGCCCGCUGUUGGCCAAGUCCACCCGCGGAGGGCCGAUGAAAGACUCGGCCUCCACCUCCACCUCCUCUCUCGGCGGGCUCGCUGGUUCGAGCCAAGCUGGCGAGAAACCGCUGCCUGGCCAGCAGCAGCAGCAACCAGAGGAGGCUGGUCCUCCUUCACUUCCGCCCUCACUUUCGCCCUCACAAUCCGGCCCGCUCCCGGAAGCUCCCGUCUUUGCGCCGCGUCCACAGGCGCGGCUACUCUCCGAAACAGUCGCGACCGGUGAAGGCGACCUCACUGCACAGCUGAACCAGGCACUCUCCAAAAAUGCCGAGCUCGAGGAUGCCAACCGCGACUACUACGACAAGCUCGCUGUCAGGGACCAGCAGAUCGACGAGCUCGCCCGUGAGCGCGAUGCACUCAAGCGCAACCUCGCCGACGAGAAGCGACUACAUGGAGGCAUCAUCAGCAACCUCAGUGACGCCGAAGCCUCCGCUACACAAUCCGACAGAGCACUGGCGAAAGAGCAAGAUGCGCAUUCCAAGACAGCAUCCGAGCUCGCGGCUCUCAAGGAGAAGGAAGCUGAGACGAGACAACUUCUGGCCAACCUCCGCAAGGACAUGAAGACCAAUCGAGAGGAGCGAGACACCUUCCGGGCCGAGCGCGAUGCGCUGGAGACUGAUCUGAAGCUGGCGCAGCGCGACAUCGACACCCUGGAGAAGCAGCUCGCUGAGCAUGACGACGCUGGCACGGCACGCGCGUUCUUGGAGGUCAUUCACGAAGAAGUCGAGGAGCAGUUCGCUCAGGAGGGCAAGGACCUGACGCCUGACAACUUCGCCGCUCACUUCCGCCGAGUCUCAGAGCAAGCUGCGAUGAACCGUGGCGUUUCUGGUGACAGCACUAACUCACAGCCACAAGACGAUGCCGACUCCAAGCGUCGCAGUACUGGCAAUCGCACGGUCUCCAACAUGGCACAAGAGCUCGACGCCGCCCAGCAAGAAUUCGACAGCGACGACGAGGGCAACGCAGUCAACGACACCGACGAUCUUCACAUUCCGAAGCGACGCCCACAAUCCACCGGCGAUGACAUCAGCAGCUCCGCGUACACGAUCACCGAGCAGAAGCAGAAGAUCCAAGAUCAGGAUCGCGAGAUCGAGAAGAUGCGUGCACAAAUCGCCCAGCUCGAAGAUCAGGCCAAAGAGGCAGAUCAAAUGCGCACUCAGAUCGCAGAGCUCGAAGAUCAGGCUCAAGAGGCACAACAAAUGCGCACUCAGAUCGCAAAGCUCGAAGAUCAGGCCCACGAGGCGCAACAAAUGCGCGCUCAGAUCGCAAAGCUCGAAGGUGACCAUGAGGAGGACAUUGACAGGGUCGAGAGACGCGGGUCCCAAUACCAGGCAGAGAUUGCGAAGCAGCAAGCGCACAUCGAGGAGCGUGAGCAGUAUCACCAAGACAUGCGUGAAGCCAACGACGCACAUAUCAGCAAGCUGGAGGACACCAUUUUGCAAGUCCGAGACCACACUAGGCUCCAGACUCGCGUCAAUGGGCGUGCUGCUCUGAGAGAGGCAGAUGCAGACGACAGCCCUGAAACAGAAGAGGAGAAACUCGAGAAAGCAGAGGCCAGCAAGAUUCAGCCUUGGCAAGUGUCACCUUCCUUCGACUGGGUCGAGGUCGAGCGACCAACUCCCACCACAUCCGACGCCGAUACCCAGACCGACUUCCCAAAAGCAGCAGCAACUUCCACAGAGACCACCACCGGCCGCCGCCCAUUUCAGAUCGUUAGGUACACCGAAAAAGUCCGCGACUCGACCCUCUCUGAAGCUUUCUUCCGCUCACCACUCUGGCUGCAAAUAUUUCUCGCUUUUGCCACCCUUCUCCUGCUCACUUUCGGCAUUCGCGGAUGGCACCAGGAGAACAUGUGGCUCGCUGCCAAUGCUCCAGCUCUUCACCAGAUUCGAUAUCAUCAGGCCCAGCGCGCUAUCAUGGGCAAAAUUUGGUCGGUACUCGAAGAGAGUGUUGGUUACGACAGUCGUCUGCUUGGUUGA